GACGGAUCAAUAUAUUAUAUUUUAAUCAUCUCACCACAAUGAGAAUAUUCCAGCCAAAGCUGUACAAACUGUAAGACGGGAGCUUCCCCUCUACUCAGUCUCUCGUUAUCAGCAGCAAGCAAAGCACGCCCAUGAAUUGUAUGCACUGUACUAUUCCGUACUUCGUUCCCUUAUCCUCUAACCCUAAAAUUUUGUUUCCAUCUUCUCCCACUCAGAUUCUUGCACCAAGUUUCUCUAACCCUGGAUUGUCGCUUUCACUGAGAAAAAUCCCUAAUGGGGUUUUACUCAAGAAAAGAGAUGUCGCAUUGAGAACUUCACAGCACCACAAUAGCAAUAAAAAUAACAAUGACAGCAUUAAAUGGAUGGAUUGGUUACCCACUGGAGGUUUUGCGGCUGAUAAGGUUUUCAAGUUGAUUUCCACCACUACGGCCAGCCCCAUUUACCAGUUCAUUGCUUCGCCUUCCACGUUCUUGCACUCUGUGGACCCCAGAAUCAAAUUGGUAUGGCUCUUGGCUUUGGUUGUCUUACCAGCACGGUCACAUAUAAUAAUGCGAGUUGGAUUAGUCAUAUUGACAAGUCUUCUGUCCGUAUGGAUUCUUCCAAAACACGUGUGGAUGGAUCAAUUGGGAAGGGUGUCAUUGCUUUCUGGAGUUUUAUUUAUAAUGUUGGGGCUUGGUUCAGAUGGUAUACCCUCCCCUGUCCAGUUAAGAACUCCACCACCUGCUGUCAUGGGUUUGCCUAAUCUCCCUGUUUCCUUGGGAAGUUAUUCAUAUUUACUUAUGAAGCUUGGACCAUUACGGUUUACAAGGAAGGGCUUGUCGGUUGCUAGCACAGCUGCCUGCUUAACCUUCACAAUCUUCCAAAGCUCAAGUCUCUGCCUGGCAACCACUACCCCAGAACAACUUGCCUUUGCUAUGCGGUGGUUUAUGGUCCCUUUGACACAUAUUGGUGUUCCAGUGGGUGAAAUCAUUCUUACCCUUUUACUUUCUCUGAGGUUCAUUAAUCUAGUGUUUGAUGAGGUGCGUAAUGUUGCACUGGGGAUUGUAUCUCGAAGGAUAAAUUGGAGGCAAUUGACAGUUCUGGAGACAAUUGACAUCUUUGCUUCCUACAUUCGUCGGAUCUUCAAAAAUAUUUUUAGCCAUGCAGAGCAGAUAUCUCAGGCAAUGAUUGUGAGAGGUUUUAGAGGGGACAGUAGAACUCACAAAAUUUAUGCCUUAUCUGAGUCAUCUGUUGGGAUGGCAGAUUUUGUUUCCCUUUUUUGUCUGGUCAGCGUCAUAGGUGCUGCAUUUUUGUCUGAAUACUUCCUGGUUUGAUACCCAAUUCCACUCUUACCACGGUAAGAUCCUUUACUCAAUGUGAUGCUGCGGUGACAGCACCGAAAAGAUUUACCUAAGCUGAAGCCGAUGCAUUCAGCAAUACGUGUUGUCAAAACAACAGGAGAAUGCCUGUAUCGUAUAGUCUACUGCAAUUUUGAAAUACUCAGUAAGUAGACCUUAUUUCAUUGCACAUAUGAAGUCAAUUUGUUACUAGACUUAGCUGUACAAUGAAAUUAUUUCCUGGAAAAUGUAUGUAUCAUUCGGCAAACGUCUUAGCAACUGUGUUUUCCAGGAGACUUUCUAGCUCUAAGCUAGAGAUAAUUUUUUCACCCAUACUUCUUUCUUUUCAAUGUAAAUCAACUCGUAUUAUCAAUUCAUUUUGAACAUUUUGAUAGCAGAA